CAAACGAGGAGCAGUUCCGUGUUGACGGUGGGAGUUUUGUCCGUUGGUGAGCAAUGUAUUUAAUGUUCCCAGUGAGAGGAACAUCAGAAUCUGGAAACACCUAUCAACAGCAUUGCUGACUGAUUGAACAGGGAAGAAGAUCCAACAUGUCAGAAGGUGGGAGAAUGGAUGCAGACCCAGAUGCCAUAAUCACUAAGUUCUUGGCAGCGUGUAAGAGCUAUCACUUAUUCCAGUUGACGAAGUUCUACUGGCACAGACUUGAACAGGCGAUUGAAGAAGAGGUGGAUGGUGUCAGCUCAUUGUUAAAAGAUAAGAAGCAUUUCAAUGAAAAAGAACAUUUGGCAAUCACUGAGCUCGUGGAGAAGGGAAACCGGGCGGACAGUUCCAAAGUGCUGCUAAAUCUGGUGAUGGAGAAAGACCCUCAGGCCCAAAGGGUGAUGUGGGAUUCCUUUGUGAAAAAGCACCAUGCCUCGCCAAAGUUGGAUGAAAUACUGAAAGAAAUAGAGGGAUAUGGUCUUGAUCCAUUUCAUUACAUGGAUAUGAUCCGAAAGUUAUCUGAAAUACCCAGCCAUCUGAAAGGUGUUCAGCAGAAACACAAGGAGACACUCCGUGUCCAAACUGAAAAACUGAGAGUGAACACUAUCCUAAUAAAGGAGAAGGUGAAGAUUUUCCAGCUGGUUGAUCGAUACACUGAGCUAACAGUUAUUUCUCCUGUUCGAGGUCGGACACUUGUAGAAGGUGAACUGCUGGCAAGAGGCCGAGACUAUGAAGAGCAGAGAGAGAGACUUCUCCGAACUGAACUGGAAAAAACCCAAGUUGAUCAGUUGUUCCAAUGCAACAUUUCCAGGGGAAAGUCCAAACCUGGGAUUUCAGCAGUAAUAAGUGGAGCCCCAGGAAUUGGAAAAUCAACAAUGGUCCAAAAGGUGGUUCAUGACUGGGCCACUGGGAAAAUAUACCCAGAGUUCCAAUUUGCAUUCAGUUUUAAAUUCCGGGAUUUGAAUGCUCUUAAUUGUCGGAUAAACCUGAGGAAUCUGGUAUUGGAUCAGUAUCCUUACUUUGGGAAUAUUCUGGAAGAGGUCUGGAAGAACCCAGAGGGAUUGCUCUUCAUAUUCGAUGGUUUGGAUGAAUUCAAGGAGAGUAUUGAUUUUUCUGACAGUCGGAGAGAUACAGAACCUCAGUUCAUGUGCACAGAUCCUGAAUGUUGGUGUGAAGUGUCUGACAUUGUGUAUAGUUUAAUCCAGCACAAGCUGCUCCCUGGAUGUUCAGUGCUAGUGACCAGCCGGCCCACUGCAUUGCAUUUAUUGGAAAAGGCAGAUAUCAGCAUCUGGGCUGAAGUCCUGGGAUUUGUUCGUGAUAAACGGAAGGAAUAUUUCAACAGGUUUUUUGACGAUCAGACAGUGUCAGCAGCUGUUUACAAAUACGUGGAGGAGAAUGAGAUCCUGUACACCAUGUGCUACAACCCCUCGUACUGCUGGAUCCUCGGUCUCUCACUGGGUCCCUUCUUCACACAAAGGGGCAGGCAACUGCAGCAGGUUCCCAAGACCAUCACCCAACUGUAUUCCUACUAUAUUUACAACAUUCUGACAAACCAUAGCCGUCCGAUUGAAAACCCCCGUGAUGUGUUUCUGAAGCUUGGUGAGAUGGCCUUCACUGGCAUCUCUGAGAAGGAGAUUGUGUUUAGAAAUGGAGACUUGAUUCAGCACAGUCUGCAUCCUUCUCAGUUCCUGUCUGGAUUUAUGAUGGAACUUUUGGAGAGAGAUGAGUCUGCACAGAUUGUGUGCUACACAUUCCCACAUCUCACCAUCCAAGAAUUCGUAGCGGCCCUGGCCCAAUUCCUGACUCCCGAUCCCAAGGACAUUCAGAAAUUGCUCAGUGAGGCCCAUAGUAAGGAAGAUGGGCGAUUUGAAAUUUUCAUCUGUUUUGUUGUGGGUCUCUCCUCCCCACAGUCAGCUCAUCCUCUGGAAAACUUUCUGUGUCCAUUUCUUCAUCAGACAGUCUGUCAGGUCAUUGAUUGGGUGAAGGACAAUGUUAAAGGACAGAUUGGAAACACUAAGACUAUAACUGGUAAAAGAAAACUCCUGAAUACAUUGCACUACCUGUUUGAGUCUCAGAGUAAAUCACUCACACGGGACUCAGUGAAAGAUGUGGAAACGCUUUCAUUAAGUGACUUGAGACUGACCCCAAUAGACUGUGUCGUCCUCUGUUUUGUUAUUGAAUUCAGUGAUUCAAUCAAAGAACUUGAUCUUGAGAACUGCUGCAUUCAGUAUGAAGGACUGCAGCAAUUGGGACCCGUACUUCACAAAUGCCAAGAGCUGAGGCUGGGACGUAACAAAGUGGGAGAUUUAGGAGUGAAGCUAUUGUCUAAGGUUCUGAGGAAUCUGGACUGUAAACUGCAGCACCUCGGUCUCAACAAUAACAUGCUCACAGAUUCUUGUGCGGACGAUCUCAGCUCCAUUCUAAGUACAAGUCGCUCACUGACCGUUGUGAACCUGAAUGAUAAUAAAUUGGGAGAUUCAGGAAUAAAGCUGCUGUCAGCAGCUCUGAGGAACCUGAACUGUAAAAUACAGAAAGUGGAGCUUCGUGACAACAAUCUCUCAGAGUCUUGUGCUAAGGAUCUCGCUGAAAUACUCAAAACAAACCAGUCACUGAUAGAACUAAACCUCGGAAAUAACAAGUUGAAACAUUCAGGAGUGAAACUACUGUCUGAAGAGGCUCUGGAGAAACCUCAUUGCAAACUACAGAAGCUAUUGCUGUACAGAAAUGGUCUGACAAAAUCUUGUGUUCAGGUUCUCAGCUCUGCCCUCAGUAAAAACCAGUCUUUAAUAGAACUGAACAUGAAUAGUAACAAUUUGGGAGAUUCAGGGAUGAAACUACUGCGUGCAGUUCUGGGGAACUCAGACUGCAAACUACAGAAACUGCAUUUGUGUGACGUCAAUCUCUCAGAUUCUUGUGCUCAAGAGCUCUCCACUGGUGUCAGUACAAACCAGUCAUUGAAAGUUCUGGAUCUGGGAUCAAAUUCCCUCACAGAUCAGUUUGUCCCCGCUGUCAUCCGUCUCAUACAGACCUGCAGAUGUUUGGAGCUGAUUGGGCUGUGGGAGAAUCGGUUCAGUCCAAAUGGAAAGAGGCAUCUAAAGUCACUGCAGGAAUCUCGAGGUGGACUGACUGUUUCGUUCGGGGAAUCUUUCUGUGUUAUGGACCAGCCUGACCGCGACUACUAAUCUCUCCGCGGUCCCCUCAAAAUAUCUUAAGAAGGCAAGGAUGCCCGGAGGCAUGGUACGUUGGGGAAACUGACCAAAGGCUACGACAACGGAUGAAUGGGCACCGCACAACAAUCAACAGACAGGAGGGUUCCCUCCCAGUUGGGGAACACUUCAGUGGUCCAGGACAUUCAGCCUGGGACCUUCGGGUGACCAUCCUCCAAGGUGGACUUCGGGACAGGCAGCAGAGGAAAGUGACCGAGCAGAGGCUGAUAGCUAAGUUCGGUACCCAUAGGGAGGGCCUCAACUGGGACCUUGGGUUCAUGUCACAUUACAGGUGACCACCAUUGCACUGCACACACACACACACACUCACAUACACACGCGCACAGGUACACACAGACGCGCACACAGACACCCAUACACACCCUUAUAGACACACACUCCCACACUCCCACAUGCACCCCCUCAUAGACUUAAGACACUCUGCACUCACUACACACACACACACACACACAACCCCCACCCCAGACAGACACACACACACACACACACAGACAAAGACCCACGUGCCCACGUAUAUUUUGUGUGGUGAAUUUGUACUUGCAGAGUUACAUUAUACUUUGCUCAAAAACUGCAUACAUUCAUGUAGAACUCUGAGCUCAAAAACUGCAUGAAUUUAUGUAAAACUCUGUUAUCUCACUUUUUAGAUUAGAAUCAAUCUAAACAUCAGAUCAUAGACAGAGAACACAGGGGGCUAACACCUUCAACAUAUUGUCUAGCUAUCACCAUUACUAACAGCUAACCCGAGAAUGCAACUUUUAAAAAAAGUUUUGUGAUUUACACAUGAAAGAAGUGAAACUGUCACUGUAUUCUAACAGAUGAAAGGCUUAACAAACAAUUUCUCAAUGUAUAAUUUCAGUUACAUCACACUGUAAAUUUUUGUUAUAAAUUCUGUGUUACGAUCGAGCCCUCCACUAUCACCUGAUGAAGGAGCGUCGCUCCGAAAGCUAAUGUGCUUCCAAUUAAACCUG